UGCAGCGGGGAGUUCUUGGUUGCCUGGAAACCGGCUGUAAACAAGCGCCUGGAAGCGAGGGCGGCUUUGGGGCCCAGGCCGCAUCGGGCGAGUUGCAAGACCAGCGGCCUCUGCGUCGUUGCCGUAGUCCCCAGGCCCUGACGAGGGGGACGCCAAUAGCGUAGGCUACGCAGAGGCCCUCCGGAGAGGGCUGAAGAUCAGUCCUGAAGACAGAGAAUAUUAUCAAGAAAGAAAUGCAAGGACAUCUCUCUAUGGGAAGUGGAACACAUUAAACAACAAAUCACACACAAACUGUCAUGGAAGAAGUUCCGGUUAAAGUAGCAGUGAGAAUAAGACCGUUGCUUUCUAAAGAAGCACUUCACAACCAUCAAGUGUGUGUGAGAUUAAUCCCAAACACUCAGCAAAUAGUCAUUGGAAAGGACCGUGUUUUCACUUUUGAUUUUGUUUUUGACAAACAUUCCACCCAAGAUGAAGUUUAUACAACGUGUAUCAAACCAUUAGUGGCAUCUCUGAUAGAAGGAUACAAUGCCACUGUUUUUGCCUAUGGACAGACAGGCUCUGGGAAGACUUACACCAUUGGAGGAGGUCAUGUUGUUUCCAUUGCAGAGGAAGAAAGAGGUAUCAUUCCACGUGCAAUCCAGGAAAUAUUUCAACUUAUUUCUGAAAACCAUAAUGUUGACUUCACUGUGAAAGUUUCUUACAUAGAGGUCUACAAAGAAGAAGUCAGAGAUCUGCUGGAACUAGAGACCUCUAUGAAAGAUCUACACAUAAGAGAAGAUGAGAAAGGCAAUACAGUAAUUGUCGGUACCAAGGAUUGCCAGGUUGAAAGUAUGGAUGAAGUGAUGAGCCUGUUGGAAACUGGGAAUGCUGCUCGACAUACAGGCACAACACAAAUGAAUGAGCACUCCAGCCGAUCUCAUGCUGUUUUUACUAUCAGCAUUUGUCAACAACGGCAAUCAGCUCAGAAAAACACAAACUCUGGACAGGAUUCAUCUCAAAGUUCAGGCCAGCUGAUUGUGUCCAAGUUCCACUUUGUGGACCUUGCUGGAUCAGAAAGAGUAACAAAAACUGGGAACACUGGUGAAAGAUUCAAGGAAUCAAUUCAGAUAAACAGUGGCUUAUUGGCUCUGGGAAAUGUGAUAAGUGCUCUUGGAGAUCCUAGGAGAAAAAGUAUACAUAUUCCAUACAGGGAUGCUAAAAUUACACGCAUUCUGAAGGACUCCUUAGGAGGCAAUGCCAAGACAGUCAUGAUAACUUGCAUUAGUCCAUCAUCUUCUGAAUUUGAUGAGUCACUCAAUUCCAUAAAAUAUGCCAACAGAGCCAAAAAUAUUAGAAACAAACCUAUUGUCAACUACAACCCAGAUCGGGACCGCAUCGAUGAAAUGGAGUUUACAAUCAAAUUGCUUCGAGAAGCUUUGCAAAAUCAGCAGGUUAGUGAACAAAACUCUGGCAGCCGAGUGUCACAAGACUUGUCUCAGGAGAGAAGCAAAAUCCAUUCUCUUGAGGAGCAGCUUGCCCGGCUUCAGGUAGAAAGUUUCAGCUACAGAAAUUGCAUAGAAGAAGCCUAUACAUUCCUUGCCGACCUAAAAAAUAUUGCCAGUCUGUCAAAAAGUCAACAUGACAAACUGCAAGAUUGGCUCUCUGUGGCUCAGGAACUCAGGAAGGAGACCCCAGCUAUUCCUCAAAUAAAUGGUGGAAGUGGAGGUAACCAAGAAGAACCAUACCAUAUCACAAUUCUUCAAUUGAAGAGAGAGCUGAAAAAGUAUCAGCAGGCUCUUGCUGCAGAUGAAGAAGUUUUUAGUGAGAAAGAACUUGAGAUAAAAGUACUGCAAGAUCAAAUAGAGAAGUUGAUAAAGGAGAAUCAGGAAUGCCUGCAGUCACUACAGGAGGCACAGGAUACAAAUAAGCUACAGAAUGAGAAAAUGGUGGAACAACAGCUUAUAAUUGACCAGCUAAAUGGCAGAUUAGAGAUCAUGAUAAAAAUGUCUGCUUCCAGUGGUGCUUGUGGGGAUGGACCAACUGCUAUAGUAUCUGCCAGGAGGCCUUUCAGUGUUCCUCUGACUAAACGUUUGGUGCAGUCCAUUAAUCCACCGGUGGAGCUGAAUUCUCGAAAGGUACACACAAGUCCUCCGACAUACUCCUUAAGCAGAGUCAUGGCUGGAUUUCAUACCCGCAGCCAAAUAAUGUUAGAUCACAUAGAAGAACAGGAUGAGGUUCUUCAUUGCUGCUUCUCUGACCACAGCGAUGAAGAUGAAAAGCAUGCGAAGAAUAAAAAGAGACCCCAGUUUAGACAUUCUCUAAAUCGUACAUGGACACGAAAGCAGGCUCCUCAGUUUUCUGUGCUUGAACAAACAGAACUGCAACAUGAUUCCCAUUUACAAAGCAGAAGUAUCUCACAAAUGGAAUCUGCUCCUGGUGCUGCUGAUAUCGAAUGUAUCAAGAAAAGUCAGAUAUUAAAUAUGCAGAAGUUAAAAAAUACAGAGCUGAAACUUAUUGCCGCUAAGCAAAAGAUGAGUGAACUUACACUUAAUAUCAGAAUGAAGGAAGAACUUAUUAAAGAACUAGUGAAAACAGGUAACGAUGCUCAAUCUGUAAGCAAGCAGUACUCUCUGAAAAUAGCAGAACUGGAACAUGAAGCAGACCAGGCCAAAACUGAUUUAGCUGAAACGCAAAAGCAAUUGCAAGAGCUAGAGAACAAAGAACUAAGAGACAUUGCUGAAAAUGCUAGGUUACAGAAAGAAUUUAGGAAAAAGAUGGAUGCAGCAAAGAUAAAAGUGCAGGCCUUACAGAAAAAACAGCAGGACACUAAGAAACUGGCUUCGUUGUCCACACAGAAUGAAAGGCGUGUUUUUGAAGUAGAACAAAAUGUCAGUCAUAUGAAAAAUCAACAAGCCCAGAUACAAAAAAGAUUGCAAGAGGAGACUGAAAAAAAGAAAAGCUUGGAGGCAGAAAUUCAGAAGGGACAACUACAGAUCAAGGAGCUUCAACAAAAGACUGAAGAACAAGCAAAGAUUUUAAAACUAAAAGAUCAAGAAAUUGCAGCAAUUAAAAGGAAAAAGUCAGAUGAAACCCCCCAGCAACUAGAGAAAUUAGAAGAGAAAAAGAAAUGGCUAGAUGAAGAGCUAGAGAAGGUUUUACAUCAACGUCAGGAGUUAGCUCAUCUGGAAGAAGAUUUAAAAAGAAGAGAAGCUAUCAUUUCCAAAAAGGAAACUUUGAUGCAAGAGAAGAGCCAUUUAGAAAUUAAAAAACUGAGAUCCAGCCAGGCUCUCAGUAAAGAUAUUUUGAAAUUAUCAAGUCGCUUGAACGUGCUGGAUCAGGAAUUAUGUGACAAAAAUAUGCAGCUUCAGAGCAGCACCACUAUGGAGCAUGAGAAGAUUUUUGAAGAAGUUCAGGCUCUGGAGAAGGAGCGAGAUCAGCUCCUGAAAAGAAGGAGCAGUGUGGAUGAGAAAUUGCAGAAUGGCAGAAUAUUGUCUCCAGAAGAGGAACAUUUUCUCUUCCAGCUUGAAGAAGGAAUUGAAACUUUGGAAGCUGCCAUUGCUUAUAAGAAUGAAAGUAUCCAAAAUCAUCAAAAUUCAGUCAGAGCUUCAUCGCAAAUCCUUUUGCACAGUGAGGCCAAUGUGAUGGAAAAGUUGGUUUCCUUGACUGCUAAUGAACUGCGAGCAAUUCUUAUAAAGUAUUUUAAUAAGGUUGUUAGUCUUCGUGAGAGUGAACGUAAAUUGCAACUUCAGGCUGAAGAACUUGGAAUGAAAGUAACAGAGCAAGAAAACAUAGCAAGAGAAUUAGAACGGGCACAUGAACAUCUUGUGCUGCAAUGUGACAGGCGUCUCACUCUCCAACAAAAAGAACAUGAGCAAAAGAUGCAAUUAAUACUACUUCAUUGCAAAGAGCAAGACAGUGAAAAUAUUUCAGAAGCUCUUAAAACUCACGAGGCAAAAGUCCAACAAUUGGAAAAAGACUUGUUCUUCUACAAGAAAACUAGCAGAGAAUUAAAGAAGAAAUUAAAGGAACUGGUUGGAGAAUCGAUACACCCUCCUCCUCAGACACAUAGUAAAUGUUUUUCUUCUACUGAUGGUACACCGAACAGAGAAGAAGCAAUUACUUUGUCAGAAGAACCUGGAUGGACAAACAAAUCAGUAGGAAGAUUCAAAGAAGCAAUCCACCUGACAGAUAAUUUAGAAGUAGAGCAAAAGUCUCAAACAUUUCAAGAGGAUGUUGUAGAAUUUGUAGCCAGGACAUCUCAUAGUCAGGAAGAGCAAGCAGGAAAAGUGCAAUAUCUUGCAAAAUCUCAUCCACAAGGAGUCUUUCAUUCUCAUACAAAAGACACUAUGACCCAGCUUCAAGGAUCAACCCCAGUAAAACUUUCUCGCAAAGAAUUGCGUUGCAUCCCUGCAUCUGAGCUUUCCUCAAGGCGCUCAGGACUUGCGGUUGGUAUGAAUUAUGGUCACGCAGAUUCCACUGAAAUGCUUCAAAAGCCUAAUGAACUUAAUACAUAAUUCACACUAACCUUUUGAAAGAAGUCACUAAUUUUGAUACUUCCUAGUGCAUUUUUGGCAGCUAUGAUAACAACUUCUCACUCCUGUACCUGAUGAUGCAGAGCGCAUGGAAUGCUCACGUAUAAACGUAUGAUGCUCCUGGCACAGUGAUGUUAAAGGACAGAAACAAAAUGGAUGUUUGCCUUUUACAAAAUUACUUUUUGAAUUGUAUUAAUUUUAAAAACAAUUGGCAUAGAUUUGUAUUCUUAAAUUUAUAAAGUAUUUCCUCAUCUUACCUCCCAUACUUCAAAGAAUAUAGUGGCUGGAUGUGGUAAUACUUUCUUUGUCUGCAUGAGCAAUCUAUACUAUAACAGUAGUCAUAUUUAUUAGAACAAUACUGAGGAUGGUUAAAAAAAGGAGUAAGCACCAGAUAACAGAAUCUUACACCAGAUGGGUCGUUUUCUCAUAUUGUGGCUAAAUAUGAAAAUAUAAGUGGAGCAGUACAGAGCACCAUCAUCAACAGAGAGCAACUUUGGCAGGCAUAGGAACACUUUUGCCUUGUCCUCCAAAUUUUGGCAAAUCCAAAUCACUGUGGUUGAUUUGGAUCUCUGAAGUUCAAGAAGAAAAAUGCUUCUUCCUAAGGUUCAUACUGAAUACAAGUUUCAAUUACACAAACAUGUAUUCAAAACUUUGUGGCCUGCACUAUAGUGUGAAUUUGUGCCUGAGAUGUCAGUGUGUCUGGCUUUUCCUGGAAAGCAAUUUCUCUAGAUUUAUUCCAAGAUAAUUGUCAGAACAGGCAGACCUAUUUUUCUUAGAAAUCAUUUCCUGAGAGAGCAAAAUAAAUUGCAUGACGUAGGUGAUUAGUCCACCUGCCCUCAAUUUGGACAACAGUAACUUAAUUCUGAUAUGUAAGAGAAUAUCUAUAUACCAAAAAUGAGCCACAUAAAAUCAGAACACAAUGUUGUAAGGCAAUUCUGGUAUAAAAUAAAUAUUAACUGCUAUGUCAGGAACAGCCUUGCAUGAUCAUGUAUUCUCUCUCACACUCACUCAGACCUACACAUACUUAGUUCGGUCAUUCCUCCCAUAUUGGUUUGGUUUACCCAAAGUUAUGAUUAAAUAAUUUUAGUUAGAAUGAGCUGAAAAACUUCUAAACUUGUUCAUAGUGCUUUGAUCCAUUUUUGCCCUUUGGUUCACAGAAGCAGACACAAUCUAGUCUAAGUGCCUAUUCGCAGAGCGAGAUAAUGAUUAUUGGUUGCUCACUUUCUCCUGUUGCUAUUCCUGCCAUUGCUCCUGUCAAUCUGGAAGAUUCCACUACCAUCCAAAGCAGAUUUUUUGGAAGCUGCUAAGGAAAUGUGUGAGAAAUCCUCUCUUCUUUGAC